AUGGCGACACCGCGGAUGACGGCCCGGGCGCCGGCUUGCCUGAGCUGCCUGCGCAGAGUCACGCUGCAGCAGGCAUCGACCUCGACGACAACGGCGACGAUGCCAGCAGUGAUGACGAUGGUGAUGCGUGGGAGUGUGGCGACACAGCAGCAGCAGCAGCGCGGCAAGGCGACAAAGGCCGAGCUGGAAGACCUCCAGGGCAUCCCGGUGCGCCUGCUCGAGGACAUUGUCGGGUUUGGCAAGAAGGACACCAUCAUGCGCGUCAAGGCCGGCCGGAUGCGCAACUACUGGUUCCCCCGCGGCCGCGCAGAGUACAUGACCAAGCAGCGCUUCCGCGAGAUGGGCCUCACCGAGGCCGCCAUUGGCGUGCGCGACCGCACCUUUGGCCAGCCCCGCAGCGUGCUCGCCGCUAUGGAGAGCAGCAGCCGCGAUGCCAAUGUCGCCGCCGUCGAGGCCAUGGAGGCCGACGCCGUGGCGGCGAGGAAGAAGAAGCAGGCUCUGACGAUGCCGCCCGAGCAAGUCCACGACCUUCUCAAGGCCCUCCUCCCACCGGUCCUCACGUUCGAGCGCAAGCCCAUCGCCGUGCCGACACCCACGAGCCCCGCCGCGGCCGCCGAGCAGGCAGCCUCCUUGCGCCGCUCGCCCCUGAUCGCCUCCAACGCGGUGCUCUCCGAGGAGGACGAAAAAGCCGCGGCCCAGGCCACCGCGCCUACCCCGCCGCCGGGCCCCAUCGCCAUCUUCGGGUCCGUCUCGACGCAGGACAUCCUCGCCCGGGCUGCCGAGAUCCUGGCUGCUGCUGCUGCUGCUACCGCGACGGACGGCGAUCUCGGCGGCGGCUCCCGAGUCGCAGCUGCCACGCUCGGCGACGUGCACGGCGUCGCGAUCCGCGGGCUCGAAGAGGGAGAGGACCGGAUCAAGAGGAUCGGCGUCUUCGAGGUGGAGAUUGUCGUGGCCAAGGGCCUCGAGCCGAUCGUGCGGGAGGUUGAUGUCGUGCCGGAGCCUCUGCCGGUGGCUUAG